GGCGGACCGUCAGUUUAGCUAACGGCUGUUGUAACUUAUUCUAAACACCGCGAAAGAGAUAGUAAAAGUGUUUGAAACAUAAUCCGUGUUUGUCGGUUCACCUUGACCGGCAGUUGGAGUGUUCCUGCCCGUCGUUGGAGGCCGGCUGCCCGGGCGGAGUCAUGACUAUCUGAGGUUGCCGUAGCAAUGUGGCAUGGUUCCAGAGGAGAGGCCACAGUACCGGGCUGCUGCUGCGAUGGACUGUAGGAGAGAGAUAUCAACUGCGUGGAGGACUCUAAACGAGAGCAAGACUGCUCUCCGGCACAUAGAGAACAGGCUGGAGGCCGUAUCUGGGACAGGCGUGGUGCUCGACUCACUAAUGAACACAGAGAAGACAUCUGGUAGAAGUAGCCGCAAAGCCAACCACAGAGAUAGGCGGGGUCUGGGUGACGUCACAGUGUCCAGGCUCCGCCAGCGCAGUCGUCAAAGCCCAGACAAGACUUCCUACAGUCCAGUAUGCAGCAGUGUGCAUGAAGGGGGCAGCAGCUGGUGUGGGGACCGCACACAUACACACGCUUCUCAGGGGGAUGUAGCACCUCCUCCUACCGCUGCCCCCACUGGGGCGGAGGUGGCAGACCCAGAGUGUGCCCUGAGCCAGCUGGUGUACAACCGGGACUUGCGCCCCCUCCACGGGGCUGAGUUGGACAGCACGCGCUCCUCAGCGCUGGACGCCACCACCGUGCACUACCUCAACAACUCGCCACACCUGGAGAUGCCACGAGCGGCUCAACAGGACACGCCGGGCUCCGAGGUCAGGCCUGUUGCGCCGCCGGUAGAUGACCAGACAGGGGCGGCCCACUCCUCGACGGCAUCGAGCCCAGGCUCAGCGCGACUGGAGAAGCUGCGUCAGCGUCAGACGGACGGAAAACUGGAGAAACUGAGGGAGAGAAUCCGCCGACAGCGCGAGCAGCUGGAGGAGACUGCCGAAAGACGGAUGUUGGAGCAGCCUGCGGGCUUGGGAGCGGCACAUGGCCUUUGUAUCCCCCUGCCCACUGCCACAGUCCGCAAAGUGGCACCUGCUCCCCCCGCACCCAUCUAUAAAGGAUUUAACACGAGUGAGAUAAAGAUUCGCACUUCAGAUGGCAAAGUGUGGGGCGAGGAGGAGUUCCAGAAUUUAAGCAGGCAUAUCAACCGAGACCUCACACAGCACCUCACAGAGCCAGUGACCCAGCGGCCUCCAGAGAGGGUCAGGCAGCGGGAGAAGAAAGUGUCCGUACCAGUCCGGAAGAUUCAUCGACGCGCUUCUGUUCCCAGCUCUGACGCCAAACCAGUGAUCAGCACGUCGUCAUGGCGAGAGGGUCAGAAACUUGUGAAGAUGAUGCUUGGAUCAGCGCCACGGAUACCCAACAAGCCACGGGCGCAGUCAACAGAAAGAGACGGACGGACUGGAUCUGACCCUCAGCUGGAGACUGUCUGCCACUCCAGGGUGAGGAGCACAGAGCGACCGGGCCUCCACAGAAUGCCUGUAGCCACGGAGCGCUCCAGACCAGCAGGGGGUGGUAAAGUACGAGUUCCUGCCACCACGGAGCCCUCCAGACGAAACGACAAGGGAGACAGAGGCCCUGUGAUGGAACAGUCCUCUCAACCAGUAACGACGGUUGAAGGCAGACGAACUGUGGCGGUGCAUACCUCCAGACCAGCAGGGGGUGAUGAGGGCAAAGGAGCUGUAGCAGAGCGGCGCACCGCUCCAGCAGGGGCGGAUAAAUGCAGGUCACCCAGCAGAGGUCUCCUGUCGGCAGAUAUUCGAGGCAUACUAGAUGACCUUCAGCUGGAGGGUGGGGCAGAGGGACCUGAUGAGGGCGGGGUUCACAGGAGGAGCCCAGCACGCAGCAGUCAAGCCCCACCCAGACUGUCCCGCAGUGCCAGUCCCGCCAAAACCCGUCCAGAGAGCAGAGAUCAAACGGUGCCACGUAAACGGCACUACGACACAGACACGGUUCGGCAGUACAUCGCACGACAGCAGGAGGACAGGAAGAGGAAACAGGCAGAGCAGAGGAGGAGUCAAAGAGAAGAGGCACAAAGGCGGAGUCAGCGUCUGCAGGAGCUCUACAGGAAACAGAGGGAGGGCGUUGCCAAGGCCCCAGCUCCAAUCCCCAACUCUGUGCAAACACACCUGCAGGAAACCUACACCAAGCUACUUUUUGAACACACAUUGCAGCAGCCCAGGCCUGUGUAUCAGCCGUCUGGGGAAUCGGACAAAGAGAAUAAGGGACAGGACCCCCUCAGUCCCUCCCCCAGUGACCUGUCUGUAUCGGAGCUCAGACCUCCUCCUCUGCUGUCCAGGGCUGCACUGGGCCUAGAGAGUUUAUACUCUUCCUGGUUGCAUGCUGAGCCUCAGAGCCCUGCCCCCCUGCCCAGCAAAGGGGGUGUGCUUCCCCCUGGUGGUCAGUCAGAGGGUGCAGGGGCCGUGGAGGAAGCUUCCCAUCGAUGGGCUCCAUCUGCCGUCGGCACGGUCGCUGCAGCCCUGAGCGAGCCUGGUGGGGAUCUCCAUGCCACCCUGCUGGUGAGCAGGAUGGAGCGUGUGGAAGCUCUGAAGGCCCGGGCUGCGUCUCUCUCCAGCCGGGUGGAGAGCGAGGCGCGGAAGCUCGCUUCCGUCACCCCCAACCUCGGCACAGGCCUCCCCGUGAGCGAGGACGUCCUUUGGACAAAGCCGCUGAGUCCUCCGGAGCGGGAGCGUCCUGGCGUAGUGGCGCAGUCCCGCCUGAACAUCCAGAGGCUCCUGCGUGCAGGUCAGAGUGCGUUUGGGGGUGACUCAGGAGAACUGCCCGGAGUGGGCAACCUGUCCACCUACAGUACCCAAGACCAGAAAGAAAACGUGGGCAAGCCCCACCCAGCUCCCACUGGCCCCUCCCUCCCACCGGCCGAGUGGGCAGAGCCACCGGAAUCUAGCGGAGGGUCCAUCAGCGAGGGCCCGCUGACUGACAGCAGUGUGUCAGAGGGCGAGGACACCCCGGGUGACCCUACUAAUAUCCAGACGGACCGUGCCAAGCUGUCGGUGAGGGAGGCCACGGUAGACUACUGCGCCGCCCAGCACAACAGCCACGCCCACAACCCCAUCACUGCAUUCCAGAAAGAGGCAGAGCAGCUCACCCCCUACAAGCCUAUGACUGCACUGCAGGACAGCAGGCCUCCCUGGGAGGAGCUGACCAAGGGAAGCACUCACAGCGUCAUCAGUAUAUUUACCAAGAACCUCCAGAACUACAGCAAAGUGGUUGAGGUGAAUGAAGGCGUUACUCCCCUCCAUGCUGGUAGCUCGGUGGUUGGUGCAGCCUAUGAAGAUGACUUCAUCUCCUCCCACAGUAGCAGCCGAUCAGCAUCAAAGAGAACUUCUCAUAGCCUCAGUAAUGGCCACAGUGGCGGCACUGAUGAGAGGAGAGAGAGUUGCUCCCUCUCUGUCACUCACUCCUCCACCACCUCUCCCCUCUCCUCGCCCCUCUCCACCCGCUCCACACGGACAGAGAGGAAUCUUGAGCGCACCCUGGUGGAAGGGCAGAUGAAUACGACCGUCAUACCUGACCUGCAGUGGAACGGUCAGAGAAAGAAGGACUCUGAAAACAGCUUAGCAGGUGGUCUGCACAGGGAUGCUGACACUGAUGGGACAAUAGGGGGCGCCUCAGUCCACUCUGUUCACAGAGGGCCAUCCGAGGGCCAUCCAUUUCACAGAAACCCUGCUGCAUCUCCUGCGUCCACUGUCGACUUCACCAGGGUCUCCCCACCCAGCAGUUCUGCUUAUUCCACCCCAACCUGCUCUACUUCAUACAGCCCAUUGGGUGCCAAGGACCCUGGACCCACUCCCAUUCCUGCCCCUGGACCUGCCCCCGGGAACGCCCCCGCCACUCUGCCCACCCCAGGGCAUGCCUCCAACACUAUGCCUGCCCCCAGGCACGCCCCCAUCACUCUGCCUGCCCCUGGGAGUGGCAGCCCCAUGCAAUUUACCCCAGGUGUCCUUCAGCAGCGUAUGAGUGCAGAGCUGAACUACCUGUCUGCUGUUGAGGAGUCAGUGAGACAGCUGGGUGAUGUGGAGAGGGUGCGAGCUGUCUGUCUUGCACAGCAGGAGAGCGUCUCCCUUGCACAGAUACUGAAGGCCCAACAGCACAGACAAGAGAGAGACCUCCAGCUGAUGAAGAUGAAGACAGAAGAGGAGGCCCUUGAGGCUCAGAGACAGAUGACCAAGCUAGUCCGAGAUCAACUACUGAACCUUCCCUCCAUCACACCUCUAUAUGACGCACACACAGAGCCCUGCCCACAAACAGACAGUGUGUGUAUGUGUCUGUCUGGCAGCAGUAGCCAAGAUGUUUCUCCUGGGAGCGUGCAGUCCCAGAGAGCAGAGACGCCCCUAGAGGUCCUGUCAGAGUCUGUCACCUCCAGCAGACCACCCAUAAGUGAAGGAGACAGUAAAAGUGCGAGGCAAAGCCCCUCCCCUUCAGUAAAGGAGGAGGGUGGCGCAGCUGGGUCAGGUGACUGCAGAGGGCGGAGCAACAGCUCUGUGGAAGAAGAGGUGCACACAGCUGUCGACGACUCCCUCCACACAGACAGCAUCCAGUCCCUGCUGGAGGACAGGGCAGACAGCGCCUCAGUUGCUACCGAAUAUUCUGUGAGGUUUGAGGAGUCUGUGACGGAGGACGAACUGGAGAAGUCAUUCCGCUCGCUUCUGCCCUCUGAGUCCCACUGGAGAGACUCUGUGGAGCGCGGACGAAGUUCUCUGCCCGAGUCUGAUGAGGAGCACAACCGUGAUAAGUCCUCUUCACAGCUCUCCACCAAGCAGGACGGCAGCGUGCCUUUCUCGGGGGGUCAGGACAGCUUCUCUAAGUUCACCAUGGUGAUGGUGAGGCAGUACAUGCAGGAGGAGGAGGUACGAGCGCAGCACCAGCGCUCCUUGCUCCGCCUGCGCCACCGAGCCCUCAGGGACAAGACCAAAGCCGAGCUCGCCUGGCUGGAGCACCAGAAAAGGCGACUGCGGGACAAAGGGGAGGAUGACAAGAUGCCUCCCCUCCGUAAGAGACAAAGAGGCCUGCUGCUCAGGCUUCAACAGGAACAGGCGGAGAUUAGGCGACUUCAGGAGGUGAGCAGAGCUGCGCGGAGGGACCGACAGCUGCUAUUGAAACAGCAGGAGGAGAUUGAGAAGAUCCAGAACACCACACUGAAACUGAGACAGAAACUCAGGAGUGCAGGAGACACCAGCCCGAGGUCACCUGUGUCAUGUGAGGUGGAGACACGGAGCCCCUCCCCCGUUUCAGUGUCCGGCAGCGAGACGAGCAGUAUCCUGCAGAAACUAAAGAAGAUGACUUGCCACACAGACCAGAGGUACUGCUCUCCCGUGCACUGUCUCUUCUCUGUUCUCAGUGCCCAGCACUGGGCCUCUCUCCGUGUGUGCCUCCCCACCCUCCACCCUAAGAUCCAGCACUUUAUCCACAGUCAGUUGGUCAGGUUCCUGACCAAGCGUGAGCAGCAGUUGGUCCGUAGGCGUUUACAGGCAGAGGAGCUGCUGGCAUGGAGGCAGCGGUUGGAUGUGGAGGAGGCGGCAGUGCAGCGGAUGGAGCUGCAGGCCCUCGCAGCCUGGGAACCACACAGCACACCCAGCACCAGGAUGGACACCACCACACACACAGCAGGCAGUGAGGAGCCAUCUCCGGUGCAGUCUGUGUCCAGUGUGAACACUGGUCAGUGGGAAAUCUCCUCAGAUGACCCAGCAUCCAGGCGUUCCCCUGCACACACACACAGCCCCCAGGAGCCUGAGUCCACACAAAGCAACUGGGCUAACUGCACUGUGAGCUCUAGCAGUAAGCUUCCUGUCCAGAGCAGGUCCAGGAUCAGUGAACCCCACUCCUCAGCCCCUGCCUCAGAGGUGCCGUCCGACCAGAGCGACAUUGAGGGGCGCGUCUUGAGUGAUGUUGAAGGGCGUGUUUUGGCCCUGAAGGUGGAGCUUCGGCGACGCAAGGCAGAGGUCCAACAGCUGAAGAAGGAACAGAAACAGAGACAGAAGGAGCGUUUGAAAGCCCAGGAGGCCAGUCUGCUGAAACAGCUGGAGUCAUAUAACAACUUCAUUCAGAAGACCAAGGCUGAGUUGAGUAAGGCAGACAACACACCUUCAGCGAAACCCCAAAUUAAGAGUCCAGCUCCAAGCAGGGACAAGCCCAGGAUCAAAGGCCCAGGCCUCUGCAGGCCUGAAGCGAACCGGAAUCUGGGUGUUGUCAGUGAGUUGGAGAGAUCACAGAAACUCACAGAGUCACCAGCUGAAAGUGCUGUGCAGAUUCCAGCGGUCUGCACUGAGGAUGUGUUGUCCUCAGAGGAAGAGCCUUCCACAGUGACCCCAACCCCAGUGUUGGGGAGCCCAGAGCGGGUGAGCAGGAGUCUGCUGUCCCCCGAACCCCAACACCACCCCCCUACGCACAAUGCCCGCAGCCAGUUGGAGAGCUCUUCUAGGUCCCCAGCCAAUGCCACUGUCUCCAGUGAGAGGUCGGAGGUCAUUGAAGAGCUGGACUCUCUGAAGUCAGAGGGUUUGAGUGAUGAGCAGGAUUUCUCUCGUUCAGCGCAGUUCUUGGAGCCGCUGCGCAGGGUGGUGCUCCAGCCAGCCCACAGGGCUGAGCACGUGGCCUCGCCUGAGCACGUCACCACACCCAAGAUGCACGCUCUGACUGGCACGUGCUGGCCUAAUGCAGUCGACUCCAUGAACGGUGGGGAGGAGAGGAACUCCAGUGCUCUGCUGCUAAACACAGAUGAGCCCAGAGUUCCAGACUGCCCUUCACUCAGUGAUGGCCCUGACCUUUCUCCCAGGAAUGAUGGGGAUGAGCAUGCAGAGACACCAUUGCCCUCUACCCAUGGAUAUAAUGAUGAUGAUGAUGAUGAUGAUGAUUUUGAGUCUUCACUUGGCUCCUCACCCAGGGAAGGCCAUCAGGGCUCUGAGCUCACGUCACCUUCAGCUGCACAGCCUAAGGAGAAACCCUCCUUUGUCAGCAGCGAAGAGGAAAUAGACGAAGAUAUCAAUGUCGGAUCAGAGACUGCUAGUGGCCGUUCCCACUCUCAGAGCCUAUUGGAGGUUGAGGGUCUGCCAAAGCCCUCAAAAGCAGAUGACAUCAGUGACAGUGCUAUCCCUCCGAAGUUUCUGACAACCUUUCCAUCUGUAGAAGGAUCCCUGGAGCCUGUGAAAGAGGGACUGCCUGGUUACUGUGUAGGUGACAGGGUGAUGGUGAGCAACAUCCACCCAGGCACUCUCAGAUUCAAGGGCCAGACAAGCUUUGCCAGUGGAUUCUGGGCUGGAGUGGAGCUGGACAAGGCAGAAGGAACUAGUAAUGGAGUCUGUGAGGGGGUGGCCUACUUCCAAUGCAGAGAUGGAUGUGGAAUAUUUGUCCCUCCUGACAAGAUCUCUCAUCUGCCUGAGGCAUUGGAGGGCCAUGCAGACACUGAGGAUGAAGAUUCUUCGUUUGAUGACCAGUCAGAUAAAAUGCUGGAGAAGCAGAACCUUGCAGGUGAUGCACAGCAAAGCGGCCUGCAGAAUGAAAAGCAUAAUCUAUGUUUUGAUUCCUCUGAUUGGCCAUCUGAUCUCAACACACAGCUCCCUCAGUCUGGAAAUGACAACUUUAUAACGUCAACCCUCGGCAUAGAUGCCUUUAAUGGUAAUAUCAUAGAAGACCGAGACAAGCUCACAGGGCCAAAUGGGACAAACAAAGACAUCGUCCUGAAGUUUGAAAGUUUUUCAAAAGGUCAGGAGGACUUGCCAAUCGAACAAGAAAAAGAAACAUCAAAAGUUCAGAGACAGGAAGCAGAACAAACCAUGGACAUCUUGGACCUGCUAGUCAGUAGUGAGGGGUCCAGAGCAGAGGACCUCCAGAAAACCUCAGGCCUCUCGUGUGUAGAGCCCAGAGCAGCAAGUGGCGGAAGGGCCCUUGGCACCCUGGUUGAUGAAAUCCUGGACAGGUUUAUGUGCGACACUCUGAGACAGUUUCAGCAGAUUAGGAAGGUAAAAGAGGAGAAAAUCACAGCUGCCAAUCAGCAGGAAGUCGUGAGUGGGGAAGAAGCACUCGAAGGGCAUAAGGUCUCGCGGCUCCGGUCAGCUCCCACCAAAGCAGACAGCUUACACGCCUUCUUCGACAAGGAUCAAGAAGAAGUGUCUUCCCCAGAGCUGUGCAACAGAUCGGAGAGCCCCGUCCUGGGGCCCAGUGGACAGGAGGAGCUGGCCAAACGCCUUGCAGAGCUGGAGCUGAGCCGCGAGCUGCUGGAUGUCCUUGGCGAUGAGCAGGACUGGUUUGACGAGGACUUUGGUCUCAGUUCUCGUAGAGAGCAGCAGAAGCUGAAACAGGAGGGGGCGGUGCCUGCAUCUCCGCAGGCCAGGACGCCUGCAAGGCCUCAGCUCUCACAGGUCAAACAGCCUGAGGAGUCUGCCAUGCUGGUCCCGCACACCACUCCCGAGGUGCAGAAACUGGUGAGCACUGCCCUGCAGGAGAUCUGGAGAGGGUGCGGGCUGGGCCAGGGCCAUCGGAGCGUGGCUGGAGUCCCCAAACCUCAGCCCUCGGAAGCCUUCCUGUGUGACAGCAACAACCGUGACCACCAGGAAGCUCAGUGUCUACUCAGCUACAAACAGGCAGUGUUUGACCUGUCGUGGGAGGUCGUCCAGGAUGUUUACAUGGAAGACCAGAGUGGCGAACACCCCCAGUGGGUCAGACCGCGGCGCGUGAACUCUGUGUGCAUCCACAGGGUGAACAGCCCCAGUGACAUCACUAAAGUCCAGGCGUUUGUCACUAGCGAGGUCCUGAAGAUCUGUGGCCUGAAGGCAGGCCAGAGUCAGAAGUCUGACUGGCAGAAGAUGCUGAAAUUUGGACGCAAAAAGCGUGACCGGGUCGACCAUAUCUUGGUUCAGGAGCUGCACGAGGACGAGGCCCAGUGGGUGAACUAUGACGAAGACGAGCUCUUUGUGAAGAUGCAGCUGGCAGACAGUAUCUUUGACGCUUUGUUGAAGGACACAGCCGAGGUUCUGAUCCACAUCCAGGAGAAGAGGUCCAAACGGGCCAUGUGCUGAUGGCACCGCUAUUGCUUUGCCCUUACCCUGUUUUAAACCUAUUCGCUCACUCCACAGCAAUUAAAGAAGGCACUUACUCACAUCAUGUGCUUAAAGUGUUUAGGAUCGAACCAGAACCAUGCUGGGAUGUGCACGCCCAUGCCCCUCUCUCACACACUCACUCACACACACGUCAGAUCUCUUCACUGCUGUGUUGCAGGCUCUUGUGUCUACUGGAGUCCAGCUGUUUGUGGUCCUGUAGGAUGUGCGUGCACCACCGCUGUAUCUGGGUGGAUCGCCCACCAUCCUGCAACCUUCUCCAAGUUCAGAGCACGUUCUGAACAGUCUGAUUAGAGCCAGACCACUUUAAGAUGACUGUAUGAUGACGCUUCUCUUUUACCUCUAUUAGUUAAUUUAUUUGAAAGGUAAUUUUUAAUUAUGCAAAGAAUAUUGGGAAACGUAUAAAGAGAAAUUAUUUUAGAAUGUCAUUAGUUGCAAAACCUGUCUACGCACAUAAAGUAAAUGCUGAAAUGGCUGUCUCACAGGAUUUAGUGAUUCAUGUAAGUCCAUAUAAUCGUUCAGUUCCUGUGAAACGCAGCGUCAUACUGACUGCACAUGUGGAUGUGGUUUUAGCUGUAGGGAGUACUGACCUCCUGUCUCUGUUUAUCUGGCGGUCCCACGACCGUCUGUCUCCUCCUUUAAGUGCCUCUCUGGUUUGAGUUGCUCUAGCAGCUUUCCCGCGCCCUAACCUCCCGAGCUGUGGCGAGACAGUCGUUUUGUUCUGCCUUACUCUCCCGUUUAUGCUGCUGGGGGUGACGGUAGAUCAGCCCCGUGGGGAAACAGCUAGAGGAAGACAUGUUUGUGUGUUCGACGCAAAUCUCUGAUUGCUUUGCCUUUCCGUGAGUGCAGGACAGCCCUGCUGCUUCACGUCACUUAAGUAGAGAAUGCAGCCUGUGUUUAAACAUCUCAUCACAUGCCUCCUGCACUGCUCUCGGGCAUUUUAUUGGGCCCUGAACCUGCUACCACAACAGCACACGUUCGGAAGCCCCUGUAACAGAGGAGUUGGUGCAUCAAGCUGCAUAAACGCUGCACGGAGGGGGUUUGCUUAUUAUUCUAAUCCUCCUCUACUUGUUACAGGUUUUAUUUCAGAACAGAUCCAUUUAAACAGGUGAUGUAUUGAAUUCAGUUCAGUGAUGUGGUAACAGGUGAGCUGCUCACUGUUGGCACUUGUAUUGGAUGUCCAGUGAUGCAGCGCAGGGCAGAGUUCAGGGUCUCUACCUCCUCUAGAGAACACAGUGAUCCUCAGUCUUUAGUCACUAUCUGCACAUGCUUCAUCUUUUAUACCACAAACAAUAACUGCUUUUGGAGAAACUAGGAUUUAAGUGGCACAAAUUGUAUGAUAAUCAAUUUUUACUUAAAAUUGGUAACAUAAAAGACAUUUUGAAUAUUUAAAGUGCGUGCGUGUGAAAAUAAAGGCCUACUCGCAGGAUGUGGGUGCUGUAGAGUAACAGCUCCGUUUGUGCACAUGUACAUAGUAGAAAUAUUUGUUGAAUGAUCUUUGAACGUGUAAAUAAAACUUCUUUCUCAAUCACACAU